UGGUGGUUGAUGCUGUUGGCUUCAAGCUGGUUGAUGGGCUCAGUCCGGAUGGACCCUCAAGUCCCAUGCUAUUUUAUCUUUGGGGAUUCGCUUGUGGAUAAUGGCAACAACAACGACAUGGCUUCCUUGGCACGGGCCAACUACAUGCCCUACGGAAUUGACUUUCCCGGCGGCCCAACCGGAAGGUUCAGCAAUGGCUUGACCGCCGUUGAUGUCAUCGCUCAACUACUGGGCUUUGAAGACUUCAUCUCACCUUAUGCGGCUGCAAGAGACCGAGCACUCCUCACCGGAGUAAAUUUUGCAUCUGCGGCUGCUGGAAUAAGGGAGGAAACUGGCCAACAAUUGGGUGAUCGAAUUAGCUUCAGCGGGCAAUUGGAGAACUAUCAGGCGGCGGUCCAAGAGGUAGUGAAUAUAUUAGGUGAUGAAGACUCUGCUGCUAAUUACCUUAGCAAAUGCAUCUUCUCUGUUGGUAUGGGCAGCAAUGACUACCUCAACAACUACUUCAUGCCUGCCUUCUACUCCUCCAGCCGCCAAUACACUCCAGAACAAUAUGCCAACGUCCUCAUUGAACAAUAUUCUCAGCAGAUAAGGACUUUGUACAAUUAUGGAGCUAGGAAGGUGGUCUUGAUGGGAGUGGGUCAAAUCGGCUGCAGCCCAAAUGAGUUGGCUCAGCAAAGCUCGAAUGGUGAAACCUGUGUUAAUAGGAUCAACAGCGCGAUCCAAAUAUUUAACAGCAAGCUGAUAGCUUUGGUGGAUGAAUUCAACACCUUAGACGGGGCACACUUCACCUACAUAAAUGCCUAUGGGAUAUUUGAAGAUAUCUUGAGAAACCCAUCGGCACAUGGUCUAACAGUUACCAAUAGGGGAUGCUGUGGGGUGGGAAAGAAUAAUGGCCAGAUUACGUGCCUCCCAUACCAAACUCCAUGCCCAAAUAGAAACGAGUAUCUUUUCUGGGAUGCCUUCCAUCCGACAGAAGCUGCUAACAUAGUUAUUGGCAAAAGAUCCUACAGCGCUGAGUCCUCAUCUGAUGCCUACCCCAUGGAUAUUCGUCACCUUGCUCAAAUUUAAUUGGAGGAUUGGUACACCAUGCAUGCACGUCAAGGUGAUGGCUUGGUUGACCCUUAUGAAAGAUUGGGUUCUCUACCUCUACAUUUGUAGGGAGUGCAAUAAAGUGGCCAACUGGUUAGCUGGGAGGGUUAUUGGUGAGGGUCAUUAUAUUUUUAUCAUUGGGGGACUAUUCUAGUGAGUUGAGAGAUUUAUUAUAUGCAGACUUUUUCAAAUCUACUUAUCUAAGAAAAUCUUAAUUUCUCUUUAUCUGACAAAAUGUAAAAGUUUUCAUGUGUCGAACAUAGAAGCCAGCAUCGCAGUUGCCGA